CUGUAAUGGUUGAGUUCUUGUGAAUACCUUCUCUAGAUAACCAUUCGGUGUGUUGGCUACGCUAGCGAGUUACAACAUCGCAACGGCCCAGGGACUGGGGAGUAGUGUCGGGAGUCUGCAGCAACUUCACUCUCCAAAGAACACAGCUAACAUGCGGUUGACGUAUGCGUUCACCGGCGUUGUUGUCGCCCAUCUACUGAUGACGUUGCUGACGGUGGUUGCGGCCCAAGGAACGAGGGGCGGACGGAGGAGACAGACAGCAGUGGGGCACUUCACCGGCUUUACACCACUCCCACCCGCACCGGAAGAGGUGAAUUGUCAUGUUGCAAUCAGAUUGACCGAGUACGUUGGAGGACGUUGUAUUCAACUGGGGACAAGGAACGUGUGCCAGUCCAGCACUGUGCUGGAUCCCUUCAGCAGCGAGUGUCACAACAGCAACAGACGGAGCAGAAACCGCCAGGCACGAAGGAGGGGGAGACACAGCAGCCGACGAAGACGGAAUCAGACGGCGAGAUCUCGAAGACUCUCGGAAGCAGGAAUUGGACCAUACGGAGAUUUGGCCACUCUCCUAGGAAACAACAACCUGGAGGACUUGAGCAGCUUCACACCGUCACCACCUGCCUUGGAGGAUGUGGAGUGCCAUGUAGAAAUUAGAAGGACUGAACAAGUUGGCGGACGGUGUAUUCAGUUAGGGGCCAACAGCAUCCACGCGUGUCAGGCUGGCGCCCAUCUGGACCCUUUCAGCCACGACUGCGAGAGACAAAAUGGCGGAAACCGGAACCGCAAUAGAAACAGAGGUCACAGUGUGAGACGGCCGUUCAGGGGACGGUCCGCUGGAAGCACGAGCCGUAACCCGCAUGCUUGAAGGUCAAGGUCACAAUGACGUAGGAGCUGUGAAAAGACAUAGUUGAAGCGGAUGUUAAUAUUGACCAUGCGCAGUGUGCAGUUGUAUACAUUACUACACUAUUGUGUUUUGGUGUAAUGUAAAUUUGGAUAUCAGUGCUGUGUUGUUUCUGUCUUCCAAACUGAGAAAUUACUUUGCCAUUAUUCAGGUGCAGUCAUUGUAUUCAGCCAUUUUCUAAAACAAAAAAAACCCCUUGUUAAUACAAAUGUAGUAAUCAUUAGAAAAUUGGUAAAUGGCUUUAGCUAUAUCAAAUUUAUUUUAGACUAUGAAUGUGUAUAUUUUGAAAUACGUCUCCUUCCUUUUAUAAGGAUAUUGUUUGUUAUUUGUAACCGUUUUUUACCCAACGUGUUGUGGCAAUUAUGGCCUGGUUUAACACAGGAUGUUGUGGCCUAUGUAUACCUGUACCUAGAAUAUCCAUGUCAGUGUAUUAACAUUACCUCUUUUGAUACAAACAUUGGCAAUUGAAUGUAUUUUCCCAACACUUCUCUAGUGAAUUAUUAGGAUUUGUUGUGCCAUACGUAUUGUGAUAGGUAGAUGGUUCAAGUAUUUAUGAGUUUAUGUUAACUUAGAGUUAGAAUAUGUUACAUCUGUUCCUUGUAUAUGUAUAACCAAACACAAGUCUGAGGUCACUCUGUAUGACAGUACUGGUAGACAUCAUACAAUUAAUCUGAAAUUAAUAGCUAGGUAUCAAAAGGUGGUUGGCUGGACGUUUAUUUUUCGGAGAAGCAAGGAGGGCUUUAAUAUGUUAGAGUUUGGGUCAAACUGUUUACAAUGCUAGCAUAUCACAAUCCAUUGCCCGUUGCACCCAUGCAGUGUGUAGAUACAGCUGCAUAACUUGAAGACAGUGUCAGGUUCAAGGUGAACAGAUUGACGCCUGGUGUCACUUUAAGGAUUCACUGUAUAUCGAGAUAGCAUAUAAUAAUGUGGAACUAUGAGGACACAACAUCGAUCGUGACUGACAACAUUCUGGGAAGCUAGAGUAUACUAAGCACCAAAAGAAACUUUUAAAAUUUUGUUAUAUAACACAACAUUGAUAGUGACUGAUUACUUUAGGACAAUGUCCGAAACCUCCAUGAGAUCUGAUUGGUUCACGUGAUCUUGAUAAAAUACUUUUUUCAUACCUCCAUGUCAGAAUGAUGAGAUCUGAUUGGUUCAAGUGAUCUUGAUAAAAUACUAUGUAUCCUGCCUGGGAUGGAAAUACAUUUCUGAGCGGGAGAAUAAAUCCCUUAUACCCCGCCACGAAUCAGACAGGCUGCACGUAGAUUUCUGAGCGGGGUAAUAAAUCCCUUGUACCCCGCUUCAAAGUAAAAUGCCUCACGUUUUCUCCAAGUCGAUGAAAGUCAUACAUAGGACAACUUAAUCUUAACUAAAUCGAACAGCUGUUUUCUAACAAUUUUGAAUUUGUUUUAAUUCUUUUACAGAGACAUAUUAAAACAUGUCGGUAAGAUAAAAUCGUUGCAGCAGCAACGCUCGUGAUACAUGGGUUUUAAUGCGUCCCUCACUAUCAAUGUUAUGUUAUACUACAACUUAUCCUAAUGUGUUCAGUCACUAUCAAUGCUGUGUUUUUUAUCAUAAGUUGUAGCAGUAUCACGAGGGGUACACGGGGUUUUAUGCGUCCCGUGUUAGGUUUUAUACCACGACCCGGAUUAGGACAAUCUGUCGUAUAACACAACAUUGAUAGUGACUACACACAUUAGGACAAUCUAUAGUAUUAGAUAGCAUUGUGACGAUAUACACCAAGAAGAGCUUAACACAGCAUUGAUAGUGACAACAAACAGGUGAUGCACGCUAUUUACACGUUCCACACGUUGACAGUCUCUAGCAUAGUAUGACUUGUCUUUAUGUUCAGCUUAAACUCCUUUGUUUCGACUUCAUGGCGCAUUACUGCUUAUGGCCCUUGUCCAAUACAAGAUUACCAUAUGAUUAAAUUUAUGUUUCGAUGAAGUAUUUCUGACGUUGCAUUGUAUAUCCAUGUGUGCUGCAGGUGCGGUUCAUGCUCAAGGUGGUAUUUGAUAGAGGUGAAGAUCAUGCGGCUCUGCUUCGCAUUGCACUGUCUCACGCAGUGUCCAAACACUGUAACCUGGUGUUCCCUAUUUUCGCGUUAUUUAUGGUAAACAGAUAUGGGAAGUGUACUCGUUGACAAUAUUUUGGCUGCGUAUUGAUACAAAAUCUUUCUAAGACUGUCAAAUUAUAAGGUUUAUAUUUAUGAUGUACAUAAGCUCUUUUUUAAUGGCUAGUGUUUAAAGUAAGAAAUGGCUAUUUUGUUAACUAAAUAAUGGCUAUUUGUGAAGUAAGUAAUUUUCUUAAUUAAGUUAAUGCUUAUUUGUUGAGUAAGAAAUAGGUAAUUAUUGAAUUAAACUAUGACUAAUUUGUAAAUUAAGUAAUGGCUUGUUUGAUAACUAAGUAAUGGCUAGUUUGUGAAGUAAGGUUACCAAGUUCUUACGCUAUUAACCAAAACCUCUUAUAUGUAGUGGUCAGAUGAUUGAGGGGCGGGUGGGUGUGUGUGUGUCAUAUCGCUGAUAUGCAUGAACAAGCUGACGAACGAGUCAUGAUAAAAAAACAACUUUAUUUUUUGGGCAGAUAAGAUUAUCGUAGGUGCUUGUUUCCCUUGUCCCUCAGGUAUUCCAUGCAUAUUAACGUUAAAACUGACAUGAGGCCAC